AUGGCUGCCGUCGCCCACCCGACUCGGCCGCAUAUCAGACGCAACUCGCCAUUGUCUGCUUUCAACCCAUCCAAUGGCUUCUCCGCGGAUCCGCCCAUGAUGAAACGAAUAGAUGUCGGCGAUGACAGCGAUUCGGACGACGAGCCGCCGCCGGCCAUCAAAUUCUCAAAGGUCACUCAAGCGCUUCUGGCUGACGAGGGAGUUCCAUCUUCUCCACCCAAAUAUGACCAUGCGAACGACGCACCGCGGUACAAUCGAUCUGCGAGCGCUGCAAAAUCCGAGCUCGAUACUCCUAGUAGGGCACCUGGCAUUAGGAUUGUGCGCCGAAGCUCGCCUUCCGCCAAUGCGGUUUCAGGACAACAAGAAAGAGGGCAUACACCACCACGCAUCGUUCAUCUAGGUGGCAGUGGAAGUGCCUCUGCAAAACGGUCAAUCAGCAUCUCAGGCCCAUAUCCUCAGCGACUAGCUACAAAGCGACAGCCCACGCCCGAGACUAGCCUCAAUCCAGGGGUUGUUACGCCUGGACAAGCUCCUCGAGCGAUCCGCGUUGUCACUCGAUCCAGAGCUGGAAGUAAUGCCUCGCAGGACGACCGUUCAAACCUGGCCUCCUCGAUUAGCAGACCUAGCUCUCGCAAUGUUACCAAAGCGGCACCCGAUACUGGUGAACGCAAGACGCAACAAGCAGAACUAAGCCGCAGCAAUUCUCAAUACAAUCUUGCAGAGACAGCAUCACGAUACGCGCCGUCGACUGUGGCACGUUCACGGAAUCCAUCUGCUGAUGCAGCACCUCCUCCAGGAUCGCAACGGAUCAAGCGUGCACCUAUUGGAACUGGUACUUUCCUCAGAAGUGGCCCUGUGCGACGAGGUUUCAGACGCAGAGACAGCGAAGAAAAUGUUUCCAGCCAGGAGGAAGCCCAGCAUGGUUCGGCAUCACAACCCAGUGCAACGAGCUAUACCCCACAGGAUAGAAGUAUGUCUCAACUUGAUGGAAGUCGAAGCAGAAGUGGAAGUGUGAAUACACGCGCGACAUCUGUUGAGCCAGUCUCGGUACAUGAUUUUGCACCUCAAGGACAUGCAUCGCAGGAAUCACGACCUGCAUCACGUCAAGCACAGUCUUACCUUUCCAGGAGUCAGAUGAGCAACGAUUCACGACCAGCUUCACGACAAGGUAGCAGGGAUAUUCCACGCAGUCGGCAGCCCAGCGCUGAGCGGUAUCAGCAUCGCAGGCAGAAUAGUGUUCCAGCAGUAGAUACGUCUGCGCCUGUUCAGCCAGAGCAACAGCAGAGAAGGCCAAGCAUCGAGUCCAGCCAACCGAGACCGGCUUUAAAACAACAGCCACCACAAAGAGUACCCUCUUAUGGACGUGCCAGCUAUAGAUAUACGGCGCCAAAAGUACAUACCGAUGCAUCCGAGGAUCAGGAGAACGUGCCGCCACCGACGUUCAGACGCAACAGGGAGCAGGAGUUCAAGUACUUGGGAAAGCCUUCAAUGGUCGUGGCUUCGGACGACGAGAAGCCAAAGCAGAUGCCGGUUGAGGAGACACCCGUACCAGUGCCACAACAAGAGCAGCGAAAGGCCCUUGGAACCAUCAGUGGAAACACUCCGCACCGACCAGCCCCUGCGCCGCCGCCGAAGAUGAGCGUCUUGGACGCAGCAACAACGACAGCAGGCGCUGGUACUACGAAGUCCAGAAAGAAGCGCCAGCACAUGGUCGUCAACGGCAAGAUCUUCACCCAAAUGGGCAAAAUUGGCAAGGGAGGCUCCAGCGAUGUGUACUGUGUCAUGGCCGAGAACUACAAGACAUUCGCCUUGAAGCGCGUGAAACUCGAGGACUGCGAUGAGCAUGCUGUGCGUGGUUUCAAGGGCGAGAUCGACCUCUUGAAGAAGUUGACCGAGGUGGAGAGAGUGGUUCGCCUUUUCGAUUGGGAAAUGAACGAGGAGAAACAGGAGCUUAUUGUGCUCAUGGAGAAGGGAGAUACUGAUCUCAACCGUCUUCUCACUCUUCGACUGAACGGUGUCGACGCCAAAUUCGAUCCCACGUUCACACGCUACCACUGGAAGGAGAUGCUUGAGUGCGUUCAAGCUGUCCACGAAUACGACAUCGUGCAUUCAGAUCUGAAGCCUGCCAACUUCUUGCUGGUGCAAGGACGAUUGAAGCUAAUCGACUUUGGCAUCGCCAACGCCAUUGACACGGACAACACUGUCAAUGUACACCGAGAUUCCCACGUCGGCACACCCAAUUACAUGUCUCCCGAAAGUAUCACGGACACGAAUGCGAAUAGCUCAGGACGAGAUGAAGCAGGCAGGCCUUUGAAGAAGGAUAUGCGUAUUGGCAAGUCAUCAGAUGUAUGGAGUCUGGGCUGCAUCCUGUACCAGAUGACCUACGGCCGACCACCCUUCUCGCACAUCUCGAACCAGAUCUCCCGAAUCAUGGCCAUCACAAACCCCAAGCACAUCAUCGAAUAUCCAGAAACCGGAGUCGGCGGCGCCCGCAUCCCAUCAACCCUCAUCGGCACCUUGCGAAGAUGCCUCAACCGCGACCCGGAACGUCGUCCCAAAAUCCUUGACAUGCUCUCCGAAACCGACCCGUACCUGAACCCCGAAGGCCCCCGCAACAGCAUCGCCAUGACCGAUGAGGUCCUGUCCCAGAUCAUCCACAAGAUCAUCGAGCGCUGCAAAGAUCCGAAGCGCGGGCCGCCGACUCCUGACGAGUCGAACUUAUAUGCUAAGACCUUCUUGGAUAGGAUCAGGGCGAAACAUGAGGGGUUGUGA